AGAACAAAACAAAACGAAGAACACUCACUGAAAAGAACGCGCUAUUGCUCUAAUAAUCGCCGAACACUCCACUGUGUGUUUUAUUCAAUUUAUUUUCCGGUUUCCCUCUCUUUUUCCUUUUGGUUUCGUCUUGAUCAACAGCAACAAUCCCAGACUUGCUGUUCGUUCUUUCCCUUUCUGGAGUGGCCUCGCACAACCAGGACUGCUGAUCUCCUCUUUUCUUCUCUUUUCCUUUUUCUUGUCUUGUUUGUUAUCUCGGUCCGCUUGGUGAGUUCGCACUGCGGAAGCUAUUAUCAGUCUUCGAGGAAAACCCCUAAACAAACGAAAACAUUCUCUCUUUUCUUUUUCAGUCGUGUCACACGCCAGCGUACUCCUCUUCCUCUUUUUUUUUCCAUUCUGCAAGCGGACACACACACACAUAUAUAUUCGGCUUCGGUUUCUAGCGCCACCUCCCUCUCUCUCUCCCUCUCUCCUCCGACUUCUACACGUGGCAGCAAGGUACCCUCGACACACCAACGGAUACAAGCAGUAAAAGAAGGAAGAAGAGGACAGUGAACCGCCAUGGUAAACCUGCACAUCAACGAUGGCGAGCAGGUCCGUCUGGAGGUGCUCGCCGCCGGACCACAGAAGCCCAUCAACGAACUGCGUCGCUUCUCCAUCCUCCUCCUCGGCUCGCUCGCGAUGAUCUGCGCGUCUUUCGGCUACGCUUUCAAUCUCAUCUCCGACUCGAUGCAGAAGCGGUACAGCUUCAACCAGCGUGAGAUGACCACCAUCACCACCUGCGGCCACGUCUUUGGGUUCUUCUUGCUGCCCUACGGCUUUCUCUUCGACUACGCCGGCCCGAUUCCCAUUUCCGUCCUCGCCAUCGUAACCGUCGCCGUUGGCACGGUGUGCUUUGCCUUGUGUUUUCAAGGCACGAUCGAGGGCAGCAUCAUCAAGCUGGCCAUCUUCAACGCCAUCUUGAACAUCGGGGUCUCGCUCUUUGACCUGGUCGCCUGCAUGACCGUCAUCAGCUACUUCCCCACGAAUCGCGGUGCCGUGAUUGCGCUGCUGAAGGUGUUUGCCGGGCUUGGCGCGGCAAUUGUCGGCUCCCUCAAGUCUGGCUUCUUCACGACCCAUGUGGAUUGGUACUACUACUUCUUGUUGGGCUUCUCUACCUUCAUGGGCGUGUUGCUGAUCGCUUUCAUGCGCCUUCCGGCGUAUCACCUGACCGGGUACGAGCUGUCGCACCUCAGCAUCGCGGAGCAGGACGAACGAAUGGCCACCAAGACGCAGUACCUGAGGCAGAAGCCACCGACCCGCCGCUUCGCCUACGCCUUUGUGGUACUGGUGCUGCUGAUCAUCUACCUGCCGACGGAGAGCGCCGUCGUCUCCUACGCGCAUCUCAGUCACAAGUACGAGCUCGCAUUUGCCUGUGUGACGAUCGUACUGACGGUGGCGCUGGUGGGGAUGGUCGCCCCGUUCGAUGUGCUGAACCACAGCAGCCUGCCUCUCUCCUCCAUCGUCGGAAAGAAAUCGACGACAGAUGGGAAGGGGGACGCAGCGCACAUCUCGGCCGGAGCGGCAGAGCCGGCGUCGUCGACGUCGGAGGCACUGGAGGAGAGCUCGCUCCUCUUGGAGCCGGUAGAGCCGGACAACAGCGCAGGGACGGCGUCGAAGCCGGCGGGCGUGAUGGGGGAGCCGGACGUUGCGCUGCCCGUCACCUCCACCCCGAGUCACAGCCCCCAUCAUCACGCCGACAAGAGCACGCACAGUGUCGAGACGGAAGUCGACUACAUCGCACCGCAGUAUCAAGGCACCUUCCUGAAGAACUUGCUUUCGCUGAACUUGUGGGCGCUCUGGUGGAGUAUCUUCUGUGUUAUCGGCGCCGAGUUCGUGAUAAUCUACAACGCCCGCAACAUCCUCGGCGCGCUGCAAGGCAAGGACCCGUCCGACUCCCUGAAUACGCUGCUGACGGUGCUGAACGGUGUGGGCAGUGCGGUGGGUCGUCUGCUGAUGUCGUGCUUUGAGGUGUGGUCGCAGAAGCGCAAGGCGGAGGACCGCAUCCCCAUCACGAUUUCCCUGUUUUUCCCGACGGGUUCGAUCAUCAUUUCCCUCAUCUUAUUUCUUGUGCUGCCGGCUGCUGCGUUGCCGCUGCCGUACGUUGUCGCUGCCCUCGGCAACGGCUUCCUGGCAGCGACGAUUGUGCUGGUCUCGCGCACCAUCUUCGCGAAGGACCCUGCGAAGCACUACAACUUCUGCUUCACCGCCACCAUGAUGGGCUCCAUCGUGCACAACCGCUUCGUCUUCGGUGAGUGGUACGCCGUGCUGGCGGAGAAGCAGAACCACGCGAAUCACUUGUGCUACGGCAAGCACUGUGUGCUGGGUAGCAUGCUGGUGAUGCUGGCGCUCGCCUGCACGGGCUUCCUCACCGCCGCAUUUUUGCACCUGCGCUACAGCAUGUUCUGCAGGCGUGUGCUGGCGGAGCGGGCGGCGAUGCGGGCUCAGGCGGCGGGCUCGAGGGUGGUGCUCGAGGACUUGGAACAGGAUGCGUUUGAACAGUCGCAGCUGCCGAUCGAACCGCAUGGCUAA